AUGUCGAGAAAGCAGAAAAAGGAUUCCCGUUUCGAUGAUCUCGAAGUUGAAGAGCGUCAUCCACCUGUUGAUAUGUAUGGCAUUCCAAAUGAGUAUGCUGAAAACUAUGUUUCAUCAAGUGAUGAAGAAUUUCCAGAUGAAUUUAAAAAAUACGAAUUUUCAUCCAGUGAUGAAGAAAUAACAACAAAGGAAAGUACAUCGCGUUUAGCAAUCACCGGACUUUAUUGGGAAAAAGUCAAAGCUUCAGACAUUUUUGCAUUUAUCAACUAUUCUUUGAGUUCAGACGAUACACUCAACUCUGUUUCAGUCUACCUAUCACACUAUGGCGAAGAGCAUCUUGAAGAUUUUAAGAAAGACGACAUUCCUGAUGAUGAGCCAGAUGAUGUUCGUGCAGCUGCAUUCCGCUAUCGUCAAAAGGUUCUUUCCAAGUGCUACUUUGCUGUUGCAGAGUUUACUGAUUCAAAAUCUGCAGAUGAUGCAUAUGAACAAUUAUCUCGUUGCGAAUUCGGCAAUACAGGCAAUUUCCUUGAUCUUUCAGUUAUACCAGAUGAUGUUGACUUCUCAGCAUUCAAAUUACGUGACAUGGCCAAAGAAGUUCCCGCAGAUUGGGAUAUGCCGAACAUAAACGCGGCCUGGAACACAAACACCAAAGCCGAAGAUGACUGGGACACAAACCCUGUCGAGCGUGUUGCCGCCGUCAACUCGAUCUGGGAGGAUGACCUUGAUGAAGACGCCCAAAACGAAGUUGCCUCAAUUUUGAUUGGCAGUGGCAGCGAAGAUGAUGAAAGACCUACUCGCGAGUCUCUUUUAGGCACAUUGAAAGCUCUUGCCGAGGAAGAAGAAGAGGAGGAAGAGCAGAAAGAGAUGGAUGACAUGGUUUUCGAGUUUGUUUCUCAUGCAGGACCAGAUAAAAAGAAGGCAAAGAAACAGAAGGAAGAAGAGGUCGAAGAAGAGGAAAUUAAUGAAGAAAAGAAGAAGGAAGAGAAGAGACAAAAGAAGAAAGAGAAAAAGGAAAAGAAACAAAAACAAAGUGUAGAUGAUGAAGAAAUAGUCGACCAAAUUAUGAAUGAUGACAGAUUUAAGGAUGUAAUUGAACAGUCUGGAUACGGUAUUGAUGCAACUGCUUCUAAUUUCAAGAAUGACCCGGCAAUGGACAAACUUAGAUCAAAAAUAGCAAGACAACACCAUGGAAAGUAA